ACUGUUUUAAACUUAAAGAGGAUAUAUUUUCAUUUCUGUUCAAUGUGUGAAAAUGAUAAAUUCUCUUAGUGUGCGAAAUAUGCAAGAACUCUGCAAUAUAAAUGUUCUGAUUUGUCUGGAAAAGUUUGGGAGGAGGAAAGUAUGAAUUUGCUGACAAAGUGCAGAAUAGUACCAUCAUGUGGAGGUCUUCUUUUAUUGCCGGUAGUUUUCUAUCUUAUCAUGGUUCUCCUUUUCCGGGAUUCUAGAAAUACUGUCACAGUGAUUCAAGAACAAUCAUGUGACAUUGAAAUGUUAUCAGUAUUGAAAGAAAGAGAAAUGGCUCUUUAUCAAAAGUAUUAUGGAGAUAUCCAAGCCAUAGGCGGAGGCGACUGGACAUUUAAAUCAACUCGACAGUGCCUAAAUAUAAAUUCUGAAUUCUACAAACGUUCAAUAGAUGGUAGAAAACAGCUUAUUCCAAUGUGUAACAGCAGUAAUGUAUCUAUUAACGCCGUGACAAAUUUCAACCAAUCGCUUCCGGUGUUUGAAUUUCCAAACAGAUGCAUUAACUUAAUCAUUUUCAAAUUUUGUUCUGGUGAAGGAGUUGUACCGAACAUAAUACACUACAUUUGGUUUGGAAUACAAAAUUUUGAGCUUAUUCAUUUCGUUAGUUUCUAUAGUGCUUAUAAAAAGCAAAAGCCUUGUUUAAUUUUACUCUUUUCUGAUUUUUUACCAUUUGGUGACUUGUGGGAUCUUUUACUCACUGUUAUUCCCAAUAUAAUUCAUAUUAGAGUUUCAGCUCCAUUAUAUAUCUCAGGAAGACGUAUUUCGUGGGUGCAACAUAAAUCAGAUAUAGUUCGACUCCUUAUUUUGAAAGAGUAUGGUGGCAUAUAUUGUGAUACAGAUCAAAUAAUCCUAAGAUCACUAAAUGUCUUCAGAAACAAUGAAUGUACAAUGGGCAAUGCGCAUGAUGGUUCCCUUGGAAGUGCAUUAAUUCUGGCAGCAAAGAACUCCCAAUUUAUAAAUAAAUGGAUCGAAAGUUACAUAUCUUAUGAUCCAGCGAAGUGGGGAGACAACUCGGUGACUAUGGCAAUGAAGCUCGCCAAAGAGAAUAAGGAUUUAAUUCAGGUUCAAGAUCAUCAUUGCGUUUUCUUUCCACACGCAAUGAUUUUGUAUAACCAGAAUUACAAAUGGUCUCACAGUUACGGGCUACAUGUCUAUAAACUUGGUCAUAUAGAAGAAUUAAAAAGGCUGAACUUCACAAAUAUACGACGGCUAAACAGUACAAUAGGUGCUGUAUUUCGGUACAUUUUGUACGGGGACAAAGAGAUGUGUGAAUAAAUACCAAAGGUGUUAUAUGAGUUUUUGUAGAAAGAUACGAAUGUGAAAGACACAAUACAUGUAGAAUUUCGCAAUUUCUUAAAGUUACGAUAAAUGAAAAUGAGUUAAGACAGCCUCUUGGAGUCAGAUCUAUUAUGACGUCAUAAUUUUUUACCGUACUUUAUAGGUAUUAUUAAAUUAUGUAGAAAGUGAAACAUGUUCACGAUAUUCAAUUUGAAAUCAUACUAAAAGUAAUCUGGAUACCUAUAUUCAAUCUAAUUUAUAAAAAAGAAGUCAAGAACAAACAAAUUACCGUUCUCUGAGAAACAGUAUGCAACCAGGAUAAUUUUGAUUUGUGUGAUAUGAAAAAAGUCCCAAAUUUAUAGAUGAUUUUUUUUAUUGUAAAAAGACAGUUCAUCAUUUUGUUGUAUUUACCGAAAAAUUUAUGCUGCGGUACAUCAUAUGAUUUAAACCAGAUAUGAGAAUUUAGCAUCAUAAACAUUUACUGGAUCUUGUCCGUAAAGUCCAAAUAUUUAUGCUGAAAUGGGGAAUCAAAAUUUAUGAAAAUAAAACUGAAAAAAAACUUAUUUUUAAAGAAAAAUACUUAAUGUGCAUGCAUUGUUGUUGUUAAUCUUUUUUUUUUACUUUUACAUUAAGGGUCAUUCUUACAUUAAUGUUUACAUAAGGUGCACUUCAGCCUUUGGUUAAGAUGAGCUACGAAAAUUAAUACGAAUAAAAGUGUCACCUCUCACAUAUAACAGCAUACUUUAGUGUUCCUUUGAAGGUAAAUUGAAUGUGGUUAAGUUUUUGAGAUACAAUGUACAAAAUAGCUUCUUGAAAUAAGUGUAUUUCUUUUUAAAAUGUACAUCUUGACCUAACAAAAUGAGUGACAACAGACGCUUUUUGAGCUGUACAUGUUAAUCGUGAGAGAUACUUGAAGUACAAUGUAAGGAGACGUGUGGGAAGUCACAAGACUCUCACACUAAUCAUUAGGUUCAAAUAUGGUCCCUGAAAUAAACUUUGCUCUUUAUAAGUAUUUAUCAUAUGUUAGCAGUAAAUGAUUUAAUUCCUCAUUCCGUACAUAUUGAUAAAAUACAUGUGCAUUGUGUUCAGCAAUACGAUUAUAUCUUUGCAUUAAGCUCUGUAACUUAGGAUCUUUUACCUUUGCUAAAAAAGAGUUAUAUAUAAAAAGGCUUUAAAAUCAUGCUCAAAAUUAAAAAGGAAGUUAUGUCUAAUUGCCAUAAUGUCAGUAUUAACCUUCAUUUAUUUGAUCAUAUAAUCGUUCCUAUUCUUG